CGAAAAGAGUUUAUUAGAUUUCUAGGCUUGAGAUAUUGUGAUGAAGCUGAGAAGAGCAUAAAACUAAAGCCAGGGGGAAUGGUUAACACUGAUAAAUACUCUAAAGAAGUUACGGAAAGCCUCAAAGUUGAGCUCACUCGGGAAUUGUUAAAAAUUUACAAUAACAAUGAUAAAUUCAGAGAUGAAUAUUUAUCGCAAGAAAUAAGAGAUGCAAAAUGGAGAAUAAUCAAAUUUCUUCAAAUUGAAGGAAUUUUUGAAGACAUUUUUGAAAAACCUAAUGAGCACAUAGAUGCUUAUCAUUUGCUCAAAAAUGGUAUUUAUUAUUUAAUUCGGACGUCCCCUAUAUGA